AUGGCGACCGAGUUGACCGUCCAGUCGGAACGUGCGUUCCAGAAGCAGCCUCACAUCUUCCUCAACUCCAAGACCAAGGCGAAGAGCAAGAAGGUUGGCCAGGCCCGGAGAUGGUACAAGGAUGUCGGUCUGGGUUUCCGUACCCCCAAGACUGCCAUUGAGGGCAGCUACAUCGACAAGAAGUGCCCGUUCACCGGCAUGGUCUCCAUCCGUGGUCGUAUCCUGACCGGCCGUGUCGUCUCCACCAAGAUGCACCGUACCAUCGUCAUCCGCCGUGAAUACCUCCACUACGUCCCCAAGUACAACCGUUACGAGAAGAGACACAAGAACCUCGCCGCUCACGUCUCUCCCGCUUUCCGUGUUGAGGAGGGUGACUGGGUUACCGUCGGCCAGUGCCGUCCUCUGAGCAAGACUGUCCGCUUCAACGUCCUCCGUGUCCUGCCCCGUACCGGCAAGGCCGUCAAGGCGUUCAGCAAGUUCUAA